AUGAGUAGCAUCAAAGUGAAGAAAUCAACAAUGGUACGAGAUCGAUUGCGAACUGCGAAGGGGGCCUUGUUUAUCGAGGCAGAAUCAACUAAAGCUCUUGCCGAUUAUGGGGACUACUUGAGGCCAGAUUCUCAACUUAGGAAGCUGGUGUUCCCUACGUGCGACUACUCGGGAGGGCUCUCAUCGUUCCCUCUACUAUUAGUGCAACUCACCCGUUUCAAAUGCGGGAGUCUAUGCCUUGGCUUUGCACAACAUAACCAUGUAGCCGAUGGAGCUUCCCAUUUACACUUCAACAACUCAUGGGCAAGACUAGCCAAGGGCCUUGAUCUUAGUGUUUAUCCUGUUCAUGAUGGGACUACCUACCUUGCGCCUUGUAACCCCACCCAAGUUAAGUUUCGACACUUGGUGUAUGAGCCAACCUUGUCAUCCUUAAUCCCAAAGAGUUUGUCAGGCGAGACGGAGCCAACAACGGAAUGUAUCUUAACUCUUACUAAAGACCAAAUUCACACCAUAAAACUACAAGCAACAUCACAAGAGGUGGUAUUAGAUUACAAGCUAUGUACAUAUGAGGUGCAAGCUGGGCACGUGUGGCACACUGCAUGCAUCGCACGUGGAUUAACUAAUGAUCAAACCGUCAAACUUUACAUACCUGUCGAUGUACGGUCAAGAUUGAAGGAUAUGAAACUGCCACAAGGUUAUUGUGGUAACAUCCUGUUUUACGCAACUUGUGAAGAAAAGGCAAGAUGUAACGCGUAGACCGCUGUGGUAUGCUGCGAGUAAGAUUCAUGAGGCAAUUAAAAAAUUAGGUGAUAUCGAGACUCGAGUAUAUGAAAUCAGCCGUUGAUUACGUGGAAUCGCAUCCAGAUCUAACGGCUAUUGUUCGUGGACCACUUACGUGUACUUGUCCAAACCUCACAAUAUAUUCUUGGGCUAGGUUGUCUUGUUAUGAAGCUGAUUUUGGAUGGGGUGGCCCUAUAUUUACAGGCAUUAAUAGAAUCAAAUUUGAGGGGCAAACUUACAUUACAGUAUUACACCAAGCUCAAAUGGGGAUGGUAGUUUUUUAGUGGCCAUUAAGCUUUUUAAUUCUCAUAUGACACUUUUCAAAGAGUAACUCUAUAACUUCUAAAUUACUCACCCUGUCAACUUAGUGUGCUCGUUAUUCUAGUUGCCUACUUUUUUUUUUAUACAAUAAGAUAAGAAGGGAUCCCCCUCCUCUCACAGGAGGGGAUGUGUGAGGAGUCGAACCAAGGUCACACCUGGGGGAGAUGGAGGGACUAACCAUCCCUCCACUCCUCACUCCUCUUAUAGUUGCCUACUUGCCUUGUCACAAUAAUGUAUCUUAUUGGUAUUCAAGUUCAAUCUAUGUAUGAUAAGAUUAAUAGCUAUUUUUUGAUGUAUAUGUUAUGGUAAAUUUUUGUGAGAAUGCCAGGCAUUGGUGAAAUCAGAAGGAUGGAUUACAAAUGGUUUUGAGUAAUUCAUUUGUGGCAUUAGGCUAUCUAACAUAAUUCUUCGUAAUAAACAACUCAUUCCGUCUGCUUCUUCUUCUUCUUUUAGUCAG